GUCAAUUAAUCACCGGCGACAAGCUAAGUAUAGAAUAGAGGUCGUCGUCUCCACACUCCACCAUGGCGAAACUCGCCGUCACGGUCAUCGUCCUGCUGCUCACGUUCCUCGCCGGCUCCACUGCGACGACCAUGCUAGCAGGUCGCCAACAAGCCACCAGGAGGAGCCGGUUCCUGCUUGCGAACAGCGCGGUCUACAACUCACCGCCGCCGUCGUACGCCGCCGGUUGCUCCAAGAAGUCGGCCGCCGCCGUGUGCUUGGCUCCGGGCAGCCCGGGCCCGACGUGCUGCGGCGGGCAGUGCGUGGACACGACGGCCAGCGUCGACCACUGUGGCGGAUGCAACAAGCUCUGUAAGCACGAUCGUAGCACGUGCUGCGGCGGCCGGUGCGUCGACCUGCUCUCCGACGAGGACAACUGCGGCGCGUGCGGGAACCGGUGCAACAACAAGUGCAGCAACGGCUUCUGUGAUUACGCCCUGUAAUG